AUGGAUUGCUGCGCGGCGGCCAUUAGGCGAGGCGGGCGAGGGGCGCCCACCUGCCUGUGCCCGCCGACGGAGCACGGGCGAGCACAUCGUCACGCUCACCUCACGUCCGUGGUCGCCCACUUGGAGGCGUCCGACGGGCCGCAAUAUAAGUUAGGCAACUUCGCGGAGUCUUUCGUUAGGGGUUGCGCCCCUAAUCUGCGCACUAUCGACCACAUCGCAGUUUCGGGAGACCGCGACGCAAAUGUAAAUGAAACGAUAAUAACUCACGUCGGCGUCGUAAAGCGUAUGGGCGAGCGGUGCGACGACCUAUGGCCCGUGAGCCGUUGCAAACAUUCGGCACUCGUCGGCAAUAUUUUCCAGCGCCAAGCGGAAAUA